AGACCAAUAAGAAGCAACAAUGGCGGACGGCAUACGAGACUCGACUCUUGUUGAUUUUCAGGCGUUCACUGGAAUUGAUGACAUCGAGACAUGUGUGGCAAUACUUGAACAGCAUGAUUGGAGUCUAGAGACUGCAGUGAACAGCAUCCUCCAGGAUGGAGCUUCUGCAACCAUCAAUCCUGUUCCCCCUAGCAAUGCCACAGCCGGGGAGACGACAGAGAUGGCAGACUGUAUCAUGGAUCCAGACGACCACAAUAAGGGCUUUGUGUCCGAUGACCCGGCACUGGUCGUAGAGGGUGCUUCAGCUGCUGGUCCCUCCACAAGUUUUGCAGGACGCAGUAUGACACGAAUGUUGCACUUCCAGGUGGAAUAUCGGGACAAGAUUAUACCAGUUAUCUUGCCAGACACAGAAACCAUUGGCAAGAUCAAAGAAACCCUGAGUGUUGAACUUGGCAUACCAGUUGACCAGCAAGAGUUGAAAGGAUUAGUCAAAAGAAAAGUUGAAGAUAGGACUGUGUUACGAGACCUGCACCUGCCCAAGCAGAACAAGCUCUAUCUGCUGACACCACAGAUCAACAACCCAACGCUCACAAAACCCAAUGCUCCAGUCAGGGAGGAUCCAUGUGAAAUGUUCGACCGGGAGUACACCCUGAACAUCAAGUUCAUCGACGGCAGCAAGUACCAGUACUACCCACUCAAGUUUCAAGGGAGUAAAUCUGUCCGAGAGAUCAAGCAGGCGGUGUUUGUGCUGACUGACGUAGCCUCCAGGUUCCAGGUGUGGUCCGGCUGGCCAGAUGGCAUCAAGGAUGAGGAUCUCUUGGGCAGGACAGGUGUAUCUUAUCCGAAACAUGAAUUCGAGAUGCACAAGGCCUCAUCUUCUUCUCAGAACAAAUCAAAAAUGACAACUGAGGAAGCCGUGAUGGAGAUAGAUAGCAGUGAUGAAGACACGGCCAUGGAGCCCUACACACUGGAAGAUGACAUCUUCGCCCCCGAGUCGGAACUUCCCCAAAGCAGGAAACACGAACCACUAAUGCCUGAAUCAGUAAAUGAUGAAACAGAGGCCUUGGAACAUUUUACCAAAGAAUUCAAGGAAAGGUAUGGAGACUGCCAUCCUGUGUUCUACAUAGGUUCAUUAGACGAUGCUAUCCGUGAUGCCUUACAAGUCAAAGCUAAAGAUAGAAAGUUAUUUGCCAUCUACCUCCACCAUGAGGGAAGCAUCUUCUCCAACGUCUUCUGCUCCCAGCUGCUGUGUUCAGAAGGCAUUGUCAAUUACCUCAGUAGCAACUGUUUAACCUGGGCAUGGGAUAUGACCUUCGAAGCCAAUCGGGCAAAGUUAAUCACAGUAGCAACCCGUCACUUCGGGAGUGUAGCAGCCAGUCAGAUUAGGAACUAUAAAACAGACCAGCUUCCAGCAUUGUUAUUAAUCACAAGAUCUCGGGCUACCAACGAAGUGGUUGAUGUUAUUCAAGGCCAUGUAACACUAGAUGAACUUAUGACAAGGUUAAUACAUUCAGUAGAAGUGUUCACAGAACAGCAACAAGCUGACAUGUUAGAAGAGCGUGAGAGAGAGGCGAGAGAACAAAUCAAACUAGAGCAGGAUGAGGCGUAUCAAGAAUCAUUAGCUGCUGACAGGGCCAAGGCGGAGGCCCAGAAGGUGGAGAAGGAGCGUCUGAUGGCGGAGCAGGAGAAGGAGAUGCAGGCACAGAUGGUGGAGGAGCAGAAGAAGCAGGAGGAGCUAGCUGUGAAAGAGGCAAUCCAGGCUUCCUUAUUAAAGUCAUUACCAGAUGAACCUCCCACAAGCUGUAAGAAUCCUGUCAGUCGGAUACGUUUCCGUCUCCCGACUGGCGAGGUGACGACUCGACGCUUUCUGGCAACCGAGACAGUGCAGACACUUCUACAUUAUCUGACAACCAAAGGGUUCCACACAGAGGAGUACAAGGUGCUAUCUACUUUCCCUAGGAGAGAUAUUACCCAGCUAGAUCUUAACAUGUCAUUACAAGAAGCCAAACUGUUUCCACAAGAAACUCUUAUUCUGGAGGAGAAGUCGUAACGCUCUGUCAUUGAUGGGUUGCCGGGGAAGUGCAAGGAUGUUUUCAUUGGACUGAGUGAGAGCUCUGAUGUUGCUGAUGUUGCUGAUGUUACUAUGUCCCAGACUCUCACACAUGGAAGACAGUUUUUUCUGAAGCAAAAAUUAUAAUGAAAAACUUGAUGUUUUGUUCUGUUCUUGGAUGGCAACAUUUCAUGUUGGUGAUGAAAUAAGACGGAUGUGAAAUUUGAAUUUACAAACAAAGAAAAUUGAGCGCCAAAUUCAACUGUUUGGUAUUGAAUUGAUAGUAAGAUUGUAUAACAAAAAUUAUUGUGCUGAAAAUAGGACAUGAAUGUCCUAGGACAUUUGUUGUUGUGUCCUGAACUUUGAAGAAUUCAUUAGCUGGCUGCCAUUGUAAAUGUUCCAUGUUGUUGCAAGUCUGGUCAACUUGGUAUGCUUGUCUACACACAGAUUGAUUGAUGCCUGUCAGUUACAUAUGGAUGUAUUUCAAGCUUGACACUGACGUUCACAAACUGCAAAAUCUUGAUUACAUGAAAUGACUGAAAUUAUUUUUGUUGGCAUAGUGAAAUAUGAAAUAUCCAUGAAGUCUUUGCAUGGCUUUAGGAAGGAUAAGCAGAGUAAGGGAAACUUCCUUUUGCCUUAAUCUCUCAGUGAUGAGUGCAGAAUACAUCCACCAAGGAUCAGGUUUAGUAUGGGCUGAAAUCCCAAUAGACAUGGAAGCAUUCUUGUUAGUAUGUCAUUGGCAUUGAGUCUCAGUACCUCUCUGUAUGCAGAUCUGACCAGCCCUCUACAGAACACAAGGUGAAGCAUUCAAAUUUUGUUUUGUUUGAUUUUUAUAUCUCAAAAAUGAUUGUUGGCAAUUCUGAGUAGAGAAUAUGGUAUAAAAGAGCCCCAUGCAUUUAAGAUGCUCUAUCAACUGAACAUUUUUUAAUUUUUUUUAUUUAUUUAUUUUAUUUGGUUGUUUCAUUUCCUACAGGCCAAAAUUUCAGAGUCCUUGGCAAAUGCAUUUGACAAAGGAAGGUGAUGACGAAAAAGAAUAGUUAGAGAACUGACAUCUGAUUUGGAUCACAUAUCUUGCACAUCCUUCAUUGGGAGGUCAAGGCUUGCUGAGUGUUCACAUGAUGUGAUAAUGGAGGAUUUGUCAAAUCUUCACACAGAGAUGUAUUGAUUGCUAUCAUACUGAACAUUGUCUUUACUGAAAAUUGUAUUGGUUCUCUGAUUCCAGUAAUCAGUCCUAGAAAUGUCUCCGAACAUAGCUGCAGGCCUGUGUGUUGCUGUCACCGGAGUUCAUCAGUGAAAACUUCAGCUGUAAAACUUCCAACAUGUUAUCUCCUGAUGUGCUGCUACUUUAACCAGGAGGAUGUAGCUUUGUUGGCCCAUCAUCCCAUUGCUGUUGUAUAUUUUAUACUAAGUGGUUUGAUGAAUUAUCUGUUCUUGUUGAAAUAUCUAUAUUUAAUUUGGGGCAUGUAUCAUGUUAAGUGGGGCUCCAGGAGGGCUAUAGUGUAUACUAUGCUAAACAAGAGGUACCAUAUUUGAUGUACUAGGAUCCCUGCACUUCACAAUUGAUAACCUUUGUGUUAAGGGUUACAUCGUGUCCAGUGGAACCUGAUAAAUCCAGACAGGUCGUUUUGGAUCAAGAUUGUCCACAUUAGCAGGUAUGUUGGUUACCUGAAGAAUGACUGUGUAGAGGUUCCAUCCCAGCUGUGUCCCAAAGUGAAGAGUUCCAGAUAACAGAGGUUCUGUUUUAAACAGAUGGAACCUGAGCUGCUGCCUAUACCUAGAUGACAAUCUCAGACAUGUGUCAGUAAGAGAGGAAGUGACUUAACUUUUGGUAGGCGAAGGGGAGAAUCUGUACAAUACGGAAACGACACUUUUCCUACACCAUAACACCCAGAUUUCCUUAACAUAUAUUUAUCUAAUCCCAGUACACUGAAGACAAUCGUGUCAUUAUUGACCCUAUGCCAUGGUGAGAGGCUGGUGCAUGACUGUCAAAUGUGUGAUUCUGAAGACUGUAUGAAUUUUUUGUUUUGGCCAACCUCAUUCAAAUCUGGAUCCUGUUUCACAAAAAAUAAGGCUAUGACUAUCAUAACUCUUCUGCUUUAACAUACAAUUACGACAGUCGCAUCACUAUGAUCGUUUUGGGAAACGAGGCCCAGAUAUUUUCCUCCGCUACGAUACCUCUCUGUGUGAAGAUCUGAGGAAACCUCUCUAAAUGGCUGUAUCAGGUGAACAUUCUAUUAAUCUGCCCAUUGGUGUCGAGGCUUCUAACUUCUCGGUAUGAGUGAGCAAAGAUUCAUACAAGCAUAUCGUUUUUUCUGUAUCACGAAAAAUGAAUAUAAUCGUGGAACUCUGAUUACAAAUUAGUCAUGUUAUUAUAUUGUUGUGGAUAUGUUGUACACCCUGUUGUUACGGAGUGCCAUGAGUGCAUCGGAGAGAAUCUACGCCCAAAAGGGUGUAAUGUUGAGGGGAUAUUUGUGUUUUGUGUUGGUUUCGAAAUCGAGAUGCUAAAGAAAUGAAGCUGAAAUAUUUGAUAAGCUGACAUCUGAUUGGCUCCAGGACCCAUGCAUCCUUUGUUGUGACUGGAUCAGUCAAUGUCCUCAAAGGGUUCUGCAGCAACCUUUAUUGGUGGUGUCCUCAAAUCUUCACGCAGAAAGGUAUCAUAUCACAGUGAAACAUUUGAUUUUAGUGAAAUUAUUUGCCUUAAAAACUGCUUCCCAAACAAUACCAUGUCUUGAACAUAUUCCCAGUGGAUACUUUAUCCCAUUUGAAGGAAACAAUAAACCAAAACAUGUUUCAGGCUUUGAUAUUCCUUUAUUACUGUGCCAAUUGAAGUUUAAAAUUCUAAUGGCAUGGUAAAAUAAGUCCUUGGUGCCUAAAGGGUACACUUAAAAAAAAUAAUUUUAAAUCAUAGAAACAUGUUUAUUAUAUGAAGCCAGUGAUAAUGUACUUUCAUGAACGUCAACUGGAUAAUCACAAGGAAAAUAAUCGAUUGAACAUAUUUAUUUGGCAGAUUCAUAUAAUAAUUGAUGGGAUUCAGAAACCGAAAAGGUUUCAGUUGCAGUGAAAGGAUGAGGGCAUCCAAUGAUUCACCGAGGUCAAACUUGGAUCCAAAGUAGUGUUCUUGUUGUGACGCUUCUUUUCCAGAGCGCACAUAUAAACACUGUUAGGAGUGCCUUGUGGCAAAGAAAAUACAUUUGUAACCCUACAUUUAAUGGCCAUGGACAGACCACUAAUUAGAUUUGAAAGUUGCCAUUUGUUUGUUGAGCAUGUUGAGAAAGCAUGGUAUUAUUCAAACACAGGAACACCAAUAAGGGUUUGACAAUAAAGCUGAGGGUAUGCAUGAGUGAGUGAGUGAGGAACAUAUUUGCAUUUAUUUAUUAAAAAGAAUCUGGACAGAAAAGAACUGCACAUUUUGUUGUCGUUUGUAUGUUGAGUAUUUUCUGUGUUCAUGAGGUAAUGAUAUACGUAGCUUGAAACUUACAGUCCUGUUAUGCUGUAGAAGUGUAGAGAGGUUUGUGUUCGUACAUAGUCUCUGGUUAAGUUAUCUCCCUUUGACCUGGAAGGCUCCCAUGUAUUGUGAGGACUCUUGAAAUGCCUAUCAUUCUGUAGACCUACAAUAGUCUUAGCACUGAGUAUGUUGUGUGCUUGUGGGCUAAGAACUUAGGGCUGGGACAAGUCUAAAUUUACUACCCGGGUAUCGACCCCCCUUUUACCCUAUCCCACCCAAGUACCCACUGUAGGCCUCAAGAGAUAGGUACAAAAUGUCUGAUUGGAAUAUAGUUUGACUGUAGCCCUGACAAAAAGUGUUAAGAUACAUGUAUAUAGUAAUCUGGUCAUGCAUACACUGAAGUUGACUGAAGUUUUAUCUUUAUUCAAACCUAUAAAAGUCAGAAAGAAAUGUGAACAUUAGUGACUUGUAGUGUAACCAUAGAGUUCUAGAUAUUUUUUCUUAUCAAACAUUAUAUUACAUGACUAACCACGGGUCCGGGUAGUCCUGUGGGUACACGGGUUCUUAGGACCCACCUGACCCGAGUAGCUGAGUUACCUGUCCCAGUCCUAGUAGAAAUUAACACAGCUGUAACAGAGCUGACUGUAUGGGACAUUGUUUUGUUGCUCAGUUCAUUUCAACUAUAGGUAGUUAUAUUUUCUCGCCUGGUCAAAGGUUAUAAAGAUAUUCUUCAAAACACAAGGUAAAGAAGUACACAGUAUUUCGUAGUGGUCCUAGACAUAGCAAUAUUGUUCAUAGCAGUUCAUGGGUAUUGUUGUUUGAAAGUGUUUUGGCUGUUGGAAGGACAGGCAACGAAUGCAAUGUGUCCUUGUUGAUAUAUUUUCAGAAGCCAUUUUGAUUGUGGAAUUAAUGAUUGUUUCUCAGAGGGAGAUGUUGGUACUUAUUUCAAUUUUCUGCUAAUCAUUCUUUGCCAUCACCAUUUCCAUCCCACCCAACCGAGUUAUUUUGAACUAAAUGAAACCAGGGUUCAAUAUGUCAGAUCCACUGGGUCUCAGAAUAUUAUUUUUCUCUGUAUUCAACUUUGAUUUGAUGUUGACAGUCAUUUAGUCCAAACCUCAGUCAAGAGGAUCAUUUUUACAACACUUGAAGUAAAGUACCUAACGCUGAGUUUUUUGGAUGACUUUGUUUUUUGGUGAAGUUGCGAUUGUUUGUGUGACUCUAUAGAAUAUGGUGGAUGUGAGGAUAUUUUUAGGGGAAGGUUUUUUUGGGUCAACGGUGUAAAUGUCAAAAUGUGUCAUAGUGUUUUCAAUAUCUCAGUUACAUGUUUAUUAGGAAACAUAUUUCUGUAAGUAUAUAUAUACAUGUACUUCAUAAAUGUUUUUCAAAUUUCAUACACAAUCAAUAUAAUACAAUUUUGAAAGAAUAGUUUCCCGUUUUGUGUAACAUUUGUACGUGAAAUGAGUGGAUUACUAUUUCUGCAGUAUCAGCUGUGGAGGGUAUCGGGACUAGAACAUGAUGUAGAGUGGCAUGCUGAUCAUUCAGCAAAGUCAAGUCAAGUGUCACAUGGGCAUUAAUCCAGUAACAUGACUGCCAUUAAUUCUGGGUGUAUUUUGUAAGUGUGAAUGAAUGUUGUUUGUCAUGAACUAAGGGCUCUGGGUGAGACCACACAAGUUUUCUAUUAAUGUAAACAAGAUGAGAAAUCUUUUUGAUGAGUAUCUCAUAGUAAUAUGAAAACAAAAUGUGAACAAAUAUGUAUAAAUGAACGUACGAGUUCAGACCAGAACAGCUGUAAUUUCAGAGACAAUACUGGUAACACUUCUCACAAAUAACUCUUGUCUCAUCAGAUUACAGGAUAUUCAUGAGGGUCAAAUUUUUCAUGAGGGCUCUUGUAUAGGGUCGGGACUUUCUCCA